GGGCGGCAGAGUACCACCAAUUCAAUCAAUAUCACACUCACAUAAUGUCGCAGGGAGAAUUGCAAAGUUUUAUUUUACCCACGACCAUCGUCGUGAGUGGUAGUUUGGCCGCAAUAUUACGGGUCUCGGUUCUUGGUCCAUUGCUCUAACACGUCGCGAAGCACCACUAACCAGAAAAACAAACAAAAUUUUUGUUGCAUCUUUUUUUCGUGAAAAAUUAAAAGCAAUUGUGUGAAUAGCCAAAAUUCGCAUUUCUUUUCAAAGUCGCGAGUGCCAAAAACCAAACACAAACAAACACAAGUGCGGGUGUGUGUGAGUGCGAUAUUUAUUGUUAUUUUUAAAAGAAAGUGAAAUCGUAAACCUGACAUCUCACAUACAGCGGAAAUGGCGGAGAACGAACCCCUUAACGAAAAAUCAAAAUCAAAUGGCAAAAUUGUAGCGAUUGAUAAUGAUCGCUUACAUGGCGGUAAACUGCCAUCUCACGGAGUGUUUCCCAAAGAAAAGGGUGGCGAAGUGUUGGAACACAUUCAAGCGCCAUGUUGUCGUGAUAUACAUGAUCCCAAGGAGCCGCCAGAUGGCGGUAUGCGUGCUUGGAUGGUCAUGGUCAGUGCAUUCCUAUGUAAUGGUGUAAUAUUUGGUAUUAUCAACACAUAUGGUGUCAUACACAAAUUGUUAACGGAACGUUUGGAGGAGCAAGGAGAUACUGAGGCAUCCAGUAAAGCCGCUCUCGUCGGUUCGCUGACCAUUGGUACAACAUUUCUGCUGUCACCGGUGGCCGGCUGCUUAACGGAUAAAAUCGGCUUGCGCCUAACCACUUUGAUUGGCGGAGUUCUAUCGUCCGGUGGUUUGCUACUCUCGUCAUUUUUCACCUAUAGUACGGGAGCCUUGUACAUUACCUAUGGCAUCAUGUUCGGCUUUGGAGCAGCAUUGGCCUACACACCGACCCUGGCUAUUUUAGGUCACUAUUUUAAGCGAUACUUGGGUAAAGUUAGUGGCUUUGUGACUGCGGGAUCUAGCGUUUUCACGGUCAUAUUGCCGCCUGGCAUGGAUUACUUAAUUAAGUCAUAUGGUCUUGAAACUACGCUGCAGAUAAUGAGUGCAAUUUGCACAUUUGUGAUCUUGUGUUCGUUCGUCUACAAACCACUGCAUCCGCCGCCGGAGCCACCUAAGAAGAAACCUGGCCGUUCAAAGGCCAGUAUGAUGAUGCGCUCAAUUAUAAAUGUGGAAAUCUGGAAAAGCAAAAAAUACGUCAUCUGGGCUUUGUGUAUUCCCAUGGCAUUGUUUGGCUACUUUGUGCCAUAUGUGCAUAUGAUGAAAUUCGUACAACUGGCGUAUCCCAAUAGAGAUCAGAAUUUGCCGGUAAUGUCAAUUGGUGUCACAUCUGGUCUGGGGCGUCUGAUAUUUGGGGUAAUUGCUGACCUGCCCGGCGUAAAUAGGAUUUAUUUACAACAGCUAUCGUUGUUUUGCAUCGGUGUCGUUACGAUUCUGUUGCCCCUUACCAGUUCAUAUGUCCUGCUCAUUGUUUUCAGUUUGAUAAUGGGCCUCUUUGAUGGCUGCUUUAUCUCUCUGUUGGGUCCUAUUGCAUACGAAAUAUGUGGGCCAUCGGGAGCAACACAAGCCAUUGGCUUCUUACUGGGACUGAGUUCAUUGCCGCUGACCAUUGGACCACCAGUUGCUGGUAUAAUUUUUGAUAAAUCUGGCUCAUACACCAUGCCCCUAAUAUUGGCUGGCAUACCUCCAAUUGUUGGAUCAGCGAUACUGUUUUUAAUGCGUUUCCUAAAAGAUGAGCAGGCUCUCAAGGAAUCAAAACACAUUGUGGCAGUCAAUGGUGGGAAUGGCCAUAAAGGAGUAGAAUUUGAAAAAACUGCUGACUUGGAGAAGACACUCGCAUCCAAACAAACCCAACCAUUAAUGAAUGGACAUUCCAAACAAUCCCUUCAAAAUGGCUGUAUGGAAAAUCGGCUGGAAUCCGAUACUCAAGUUACAGCUGCCACAAACGGUCAGACCCGCUUGGCCGAUUCAGAAUCUCUAACGGAUGCACUGCCCUCCCACAAAGAAUACUUUGAGUAAAAUAAAUUAUAAUUCUGUAACUUGUUGACUAAUUAUACUAAGUUGUUUUUAAUGAGAUAAAAAGAAAAGAAAUAACUUAUUUUUCUAUUGCAUCACAUUGGACUAUUCUAUUUCAUGUUUAAGCUGACGCUGUCGUUUAUACCUUCAAAGAUAUGGACAUAGACUAUCGAACGGACGGAGACUGUGUUUUGCUCCACAGUAUUGCCGUUAUUUCACUGCCAUCGGACAACAUUCCUCUUUAGCUGAAAGCGCAUCCCCGAAGGGUAAAAAUCAUAGAAAAUAUAAAAAACAACAUUUGUACAUACAAAAACUCCGUGAAUACUUGGCAGUUUUUUUGUUCUUAAAACUUAAACAUUGACAAAAUUGUGCCCCAUGUUAUAGUGUAGUUAAAUUUACCAAGUAAGAUAUUUACAAUAAAAAUUAUAUUUUUUUUACAUUU